UCCUUUCAUUUUUAAAUAAUUUUUUUAAAUCUUAUCUACUCGUACUUAUUUUGUGGAGUCAGUAAUAAACUAAUAAUUAAUGAUAAUGAUAUUAUUACACACAUUUUGCAGUGAUAUCGUAAAACCUUAAAUCUUCGUAUUGAUUUUUCUUUUGGUAAUAUCUUUUCUUGAUACAUGUCUUUGUAUUGCAUCUGUCGAAGAUUAGCUACACUGCUACAGCACACAAGCAAUAACAAGCAGUUUACAUUCUUUCGGCCUUAUGCAGAGUAAACUGUGUCAGUCGGACUCAGUACAAUCCGUGUUGCAAUUUGGUAAGUAAUUAAACACGUGCGUCUAGAAUCUAGACGGUAAAACCUGCUUUGUUAUUAUUGUCAUCGGAACCAGCGACACUGGUGGCCUGCGCGCCGAUGUGUACCGCCGUGAAACCAGUUGCUGCAUCGACGUCGUGCUCAUCAAGGCCAAUUUGUGGCCAUGCAGAUAUCGUUCUCCUUUCGGAGGAACUCGGGUUCGCAGUCUGAUCAUGACAGUAUGCAGGGACGAUAUUUGUGGCAUUUGGGCUCGUUGCUCUUCGUGAUACUUUUAUCGUGGCUGGGAUUGUACUGUUUUACACGCGGUUUCCUUCUGAAGCGCGUCGAGCUGCCAUUUCGCAGUUGCUCAGGUUCGUCUCCGCACGAUGGACCGCCGUGUUCUGUUGAUUAUCAGCCGCGAUUUCGGCGGGCCAUUAUUCUGAUUGUUGACGCACUGAAGCACGAGUUUUUGGCUUACAACGGCAAUUUGACACCGGAAACCACGCGCGCCUACCAGAAUAAGGUGCCAAUUAUCGAUCGAUUAAUUAGGAACCAUCCACAAAAUGCGGCGCUCUUCAAAUUCAUCGCCGAUCCCCCGACAACCACGAUGCAGCGUAUCAAAGGGCUGACAACUGGUUCUUUACCGACUUUUGUGGAUGUCAGUCUGAAUUUCGCUGCGUCGUCCGUUGGAGAAGACAACAUCGUCGAUCAGACCCGUCGCGCGGGGAAGAAUGUCUCCUUUAUCGGUGAUGAUACGUGGAUUAAUCUGUAUCCCAACAGCUUCACCAAAACAAUACCCUUUCCGUCGUUUGAUGUCAAAGACCUGGAUGUUGUGGACGCAGGAGUAUGGCAGCAUCUAUUGCCGGAAAUUCGCGCUCAUCAGGCCGCCUUGAUUAUCGCUCACACACUGGGCGUCGACCACUGCGGACACCGUUACGGCCGGGAUCAUCCAGAAAUGGCACGCAAAUUAUCCGAAUUAAAUGGUCACAUUAAGAACAUAAUCAGGGAGAUGGAUGAGCAUACCGUAUUGUUUGUUAUGGGAGAUCACGGUAUGACCAAGACGGGUGAUCAUGGAGGCGACAGUGUCGAUGAAGUGGAAGCGGGCUUGUUUGUUUACAGCUCACAAUCCUUUAUGCACGCGGUUGCAGACAUGGGUGACACAAUCUCUCAAGUGGAUUUCGUGCCAACGAUUUCCUUGUUGCUCGGUCAUCCGAUCCCCUUUUCGAAUUUGGGAAGCGUUAUUCCAUCCUUUUUUCCAGCCUCACCGACUGCCGCUCCGAAACCACACCUCUCACAAAGCCAAGCCUUAAAAAUGAACGCCGACCAGGUGGUGAAUUUUUUACGGAAUUAUUCCCACAUCAGCCCGGAGUUGUCGCCUGCCGUGAUUACCGAACUGGAAGAAGCCCUUCAAGCUGCAACAGCUAACAAAUCUGUGACUGACUGGAAGCGGUUUUUUCAUCUGUCUUUAUCGUACUGCCGUUCUGUAUGGGCGCGAUUCGACGAUCGAAAUAUCUGGUUCGGCAUUAUGUUUGUCGGGGUAGCGGCUUUCGGUACCGUCCUGAUUUUGCUGCUGACAGCACGUUUGUUGUGGUUGAAAAAUGGUUUCGGAUUGUUUGCCAUUACCGUAGCCCUGUUCCAUAUGCUGUCCAUGUUUUCCAACAGUUUUCAAGUUCGGGAAGAUUUCUCCGUUGUGACCAUUCUGCAGGCCUUGAUUCUGGUGCAUUUUGUACGCUCAAAUCCGAGAGCAAAAUCAUGGCUUUCUUGGUUGCGUUGGAUAUCUUUAGUCGUUUUGGUUAGAAGCGUUGAGUUUGUACGAAGAUGCCGAGAGGAGCAGGCAGACUGUUCCGUUAAAGUUUUGGCUCUAAAUUUCGACUCGUUGGAGAAGACUUCUCAGAUCCAUACCAUAAGACUGUGCCUGGUUAUAACACUGAUUAUUGCCACAAUAAUCUGGUGUACACGCAGCUUGUGGCAUCGUGGAUUGGUGAAGAACAAAAGAGUGUCCAUUGCCAUCCUCCUUUUAGCAGUGAUGGUGUUCCUGCUGGUCGCGUCGCAGUUUUUGGAGCAUGAUCAGUAUGUUCGACUGAUUUUGGGACCACGUAUGGUUUACACUAUGGCAGCAGUGCUCGUGAUGUUUUUGUUCCUGUUUCCCGUUUUCUUACCGGGACUCGAAAAUGCCUCCCCUGGGGAUGAUGAUCAUUUAGAGGUGGAUGUCUCGGAAAGUGACACAUUCUUUCAGAACGCCUGUUUGUUGCUUCUGGUGCCAUUCAUCUGCGUUUUCACGGUUCUGCUGAAUGCCUCCUGGGCAUUUCAAUUGGUUUUUCUGUUAUUUUUAUCCCGUGAUCAUUUCCUAAGUUGCCGAAGCAGCAGCAAGGUGGGCACGCUGGUGGCCUGGAGUUUCCUCUCUUGGCAAACAUUUUUUGCAACUGGCCAUCAGACAGCGUUCCCGACAUUGCAUUGGGAAGCGGCUUUUAUGGGUGUCAAGGCAGGUGCGGGCAGUCCUAUUUUGCCGGCUGUACUAGUCACUAUGGAGACUUAUGCUGGACAGAUACUCGUAGCCCUAGCCGUGCCCAGUUUAUUGACGGCAGAGGGCACCGAUGCAUUUUGGUUAGCUAACAAGAUGGAGUAUUAUCUGGAAUUGUGGAAAGCUUUCUUGGGAUAUUUUCUUUUCCAUACUACAAAGUUAUUUUUCGUGAUGUUGAAUGCGUCCAUUAAUCGCCGGCAUUUAAUGGUGUGGAAGAUUUUUGCACCGCGAUUCAUUUUCGAAGGCGGAUCCUUCGUUGUUACGUGCCUUGCCCUUACCCUCGCCUAUUUAUAUGCUCUAAGGAUGUUUUCUCUUAUUCAAAGCCAUAACGUGCCUUUAACCUCCCUUCAGAAUAAUGUUAAGCGCCUAAGUAAAACGGAAUCUGAACGGGGCUCAAGGAAACGCCGUUAGAGAUCUGAGCGCGAUGUGAAAUUGCUCUAAUUUAAAGCGUACUCAACUCGAGAUUGGUUACUGGUUUUGUACGGAGUUUAUUUUUAUUUGUACUAGUCCUGUGUUUAGCAGUUUUUUUCGAUUGUUGUUUAUGCCUUUUAUUUUGUUAAUCACGGUAUAUCUCAAAGCUUGUAGAUUUUGUGAAGAUUUGGAGAAUUUUUUCUUUUUCGGGUGCGAAUUUCGGUUACAAUUACAGAGGGAUGUGUUCCCGGUUGUUGUUUCAUUAUUUUUGGAGCUGUUUUUGCUUGGGCACGCUUGUUCCCCCUGUUGAAGUUUCGAUAAAAUUGCAAAUGCUUAGGUCGA